CUAUUUUGGACUUUCCCUUUGACAAAAUCCUAGCCAAAGCCUACUACUUUCAGAUUUUAAGGCGGGCUAUUUGAAGCAUGUUUAACCUCAGGAAGUUAAAUUUUAAACAUAAUUGUAAUUCUAAAGCAUCGUGAAAAUGGAAUUAACUCAAGAAAAGGAGCUUUUAAUUUUCCUCUUAAGGAUGCAGUAUUUUCGAACAGCAAACAGUUCGGUGGAUGAGAAGGUAGUUGCAGCAGAUAUACCGAAAAUUCAAGAAUUGAAAAAGUACCAGGAUUUAUUGGGGACAAGCUAUUCGUUUACACAACUACCUCUAGAAAGUCCCCCAAUUCUUGCUAGUGAAUUUACAGCCUCCUUGGAAAAAGCUUCAGGAAACGGAAAGAACGCACCUCGAAACUUAAAGAAUGGUUCUCAAAGCAAUUCGAACUUUGAAGACUCGGAUUAUGCCGUUACGGAUUUUUCAGAGUUUUCUGAUAUGGUUGACGAUGAAAAUUCUUGCAUGUUUUCCUUCACCAAAGUUCCAAUGCGAACAAACGCACGUUCUGGGAACGAGGUUUAUCUCAAUCAUGCUCAGAAAGGUACGAGAAAAGAUUUGGAAAGUCGCCUUCCUAAUGGGAAGGCUUUUAAAUCAAAUAUGAAUAAUCAUUCGAGGUCAAUUUCCCGCUUCAGCAGCUUAUCUUCUGAAUAUGAACGUGUUUUGAAUUCGUCUUCAGACGACUCUCUACAAAUUAGUGACGGAGAAAUAGGUAUAUAUCCUUAUCAAAAUUCACCGAAAAAUGAUGAAGAAGUAGGUGAAUUUAGAUCUUUUGAAAAGUCGCAGGAGCAGGUGGAAGAUGGUAUUUCAAAAAGGGUACCAACUGUGGUGAAACAGCCAGAGUCUGCCUUGCGGAAGCUGUUUGAGAAUGAAAAUUCUACAAGUCAACAAAAUCCUUUGGCAGAUAGUUUCGCUGGGUUUUCAGGACAUGCUGAACCAAACCCUUUAAAACUAAAAAUAUACUGCCCCUUUAGCGAAAAUGCUUCUCAGCCAAUGUAUGUUGAAUUGCGAAAUACUAUAUUAGUUUCCGAAGCAAUAGGUUAUAUUCUUUUCCGGUAUAUAAGUCAAAACAUGAUGCCGGUUAUUGAAGACGAAGCACAGAAUCCAAAUUAUUGGAAUUUGCGUAUUGUGGAAGACGAUGGAGAGUUGGAUGAUGAUUUUCCCGCUCUUGAUCGAACUGGUCCCUUAGCAAAAUUUACCUUCGAUGCGUUUGCUUUGGUAAAAGCUACAAAUGCACAAAUAAAAGAAAAUCAAGCUGCUUUUCCCUUCGUUACAAAGAAAAAGAAGAUAACUUCUGUGUCCGAUGACGAUCAUUUUCAUACGCACCAUACAAGUUCUACUUCUAAUAAUUCAAACAAAGUUGGUGAAAGUGAUAAAGAUAUAUUUAACUCAAUGCAUAUUGUCAAGAUCCGAUUGUAUCCUUAUGGAGAAAGUUCUCGCUUUUGUAACGUUGAAGUAUCAAAAAAUACACGCUUUGCUAUGGUUUUAAACCAAGUUUGCUGGAUGAAGCAGUUGGAACGUCUCAAAUAUACUUUACGAAUUGCGGACUCAGAUGUUACUCUCCCUUUAGAUAAAACCUUUCAAUCUAUCGAUGGCUUUCCAACUCUCGAGUUAGUGAAAAAGAAAAUGAGAGAUAAGAAAGGACCCAGCCUUCCAGUGAGUACUCCUUCUCCGGAAGAUUCUACCUAUAAUUCUACAAAAAAGGAUUAUUUCCCGCCGGCAUAUAAUGCCGCAGACAUUAUGUCUAGUAACACUUAUCAAGAGUUUAUAGUUUGGAAACGUCAACCUGUCUCGUUUAUGGGAAGACAUGAACGAUUACUCGCUAUUGACGGCGAAUAUAUACACAUAAUGCCUUCGGAAUCUAGGAAUAUUUUUGAAACGCCGAAGACUACUAGCAUUCAUGUCGGAUCAAUAGUUAUUUGCAAACAAUCCAAAAAGUCACCUUGUAACUUCAAACUAAUAAUUUCGAGAAACAGAGAGACGAAAAGAUAUGAUUUUGAGGUUUUAUCAUCACUGGAAGCUGCAGUUAUUGUUAGUAGAAUCCGGACACUGAUGAGUGCUGUAGCCAAAAACUAUUAAAUGCCAGUGUUUUUAAAUGAAUAACAUGAAUAUUUUUUGGGGAAUAAGGAGGAACAAUUAAACAUCUUCAAAAUCUGCAUCGUCUUCAUCAUCUUCAACAUUUUCGUUGAUAUCAUUAAUAAUGACAUUUUGUACUUUAUUAUCAUCAUCGCUUAUGUUGAGCUUUUCAGAGUUUUCUGUGUGUAGGGAAUUAGCAUUAGCAAUGGUAUCUUCCGUUUUUGUUUUUUUAGCAUUAUCAGAGUCGUUAUAAUUUGGAUCUUCCUGUUUUCUUUUUAUGUGACUAACUGGAGUAGUAGAUGGCAGACUAGGAACAUCCUCGAAAUCUUCUUCGUCCUCAUCUUCAUCAUCCACGAUAUUAAUGCUAGGUUCCUGUUGUAUGUCUGAGCUCUGUUUCUUAGCACGUAAACUCGCAUAGUAAGCAUCCAGCGCAGACUUUUCAGUACUAAAAUCUUUCUUCUUAUCUUCUUCCUCGUCCACUGUAUCCGAAGAAAUAUUAUUGUUAGCGUUCUUCGCUCCUACUCGGGUAAUUCCGCCAGAAAUGGUAGACAUUGCAUGCCAUUCAGGAACAGUGUUUUGUAAAGCCGCAGCUUGUUUGUCUAAGUUUUUAACGCGAGCAUCCUCGGCAGACUCUGCAUCUGCAGAAAAGUCGACAGUAAUUGAGGGUGAAGAAGUGGCAUGACGAAUAUCAGUGCUUGAUUUCGGCAAGGUUUGUGAAGUAAUAUUUUGAUUCUCCAUUGAUAUGGGAACAGCUCUUUCUAAAGCAGACUGGAAAUUGUUCUGAGGCACGACAAUCUCAUCAACCUGCUUUAGAGCCUCAAUAAUCCUGCUGACCUGACCCAUUAAACGGCCUAAUCGUUUUUGACUAGACAUCAUUUCCGCACUUUCUUCAUCAUCUUUUAAUUCUGUCGCACAAUCGCUACAUAAGAAGGUACCCUCGGGAGUCACUAACGACAGCACGUCUAAACUCGAAUACUUCUUCUGGCAAAACGGACAGACAUAACCUUUUGAAUCAAAAUCCUAAAUUUAGUUAGUACUUUUUCAAAACAUAGAAUAUUGUGAGACUGUAUGAAGAGGACAGACUUCAUUUCCCUUAUAUGACAGAUCCUCGUCCUUGUUAACACAAAGUACAGGAUAGGAUAAUUUAAAACGGAAUAAUGAAGGAAGUAAAUACCAAAUAUAUGACUUACACUACGCAUCCUGUCUUCGACUGUCUUAACCAACUGGUGCAUUCGCCAUUUUAUGCUAUCAAUCGUGAAGCAAUAAUCGAUAUAAAAGUACGUAGUCUGGAUUUGUCUUUGCUGUCCCUCUUUGACCUCUGCCCUACUCUGACUAUUCUCAGUUAGAAGACCUAAACAAGUUUCCUUACAUUGCUAAUAAACGAUCUUCUCUCAAUUUUCCUGCAAGAAAGCGACAUUCCUUGAUAGGAAUUCCCAUUAAAAUAGCACUUUGCUCAUCAGUCAGGCUGUCACAGUUAGUAAGAAUUGUCUGAAAACCGUAAGAUGAAACAUACGCUGAGUGUCUCAAAAUUGCAUCCAUAAAAAUGAUAUGCCGGGUCUCAUAGAAAGCUCGCAUGAUCAUUUUUAUUAGUCUUUGCACGACUUCCGGUGCAUUCGACAUUAUUGAUGUAUAAAAGUGAAAGAAUUGGGUAUGAUAUGCAACUUUGCACAAAUCGAAAUUUUCCUGUGGCAGUAUGGCUUUACUAAACUAUAUGGCCAGUGAGUGCAUAUGGAAUAUAUGUUUACAGAAUAUAAGGCUGAAUUAUAAUAUUUAAUAAAGUAUUAAUUAUAAAAAUUUAC